CGCAAAGGACGAAAGGCCACUGGCGGCGUGGUUUGCCCGCUCCAAGGAGCAACAAUAUCGCCCACCUUUGGUCCACACCCGCACACAGAUUGUGCUUUACCUUUUUCCACUGCAUACGCCACUCGUGGCGCGUUUCGUGCGAGCGAGGACCGAAACUCCAAAAACCUCACAAUGUGACGCCCAUCUCGGGCCACUGAAGACGCUCACAAGAAGCUGAUGAAUUCGGGCUGCGACGAAACGCGCGUGGGUACAAAAUAUGUAUUUUAUUAGAGCUCGCACCGACACGGAUCGGUUCAGUCUCGUGCCGGAUGCUGUAACGGAUCGUGAUGCCGUGCAGUGAUGCUGCUGCUGACGGUUGCUUCCGGUUGCCAGCUUCCCAGCACCCUUAGCCAAAUUGAGGCGGAAGAGUUUCUUACACGACUUUAUGUGAGUGAUACCGGUACCGAUUCGAGUGCGAUUGGUUUUUGUUAAAUGUAGCGUAAAAAUUACGGUUCAACCUCGCAAAGUGCAUAGUUUGUUCGGGUGGUUAAGUUUAAUUGUGGUCUUUUGUAUGCCGUUUGUGUAUUGUGUUUUGUGUAUGUGUGUGUGUGUGUUAGUUAUUUAAAAGUGCCUUAAGAAAGUACGUUUCCCACCUGAUUUGAAACGUGUCUUAAAACGUCCCCGAGCACGACAUUCCGCUAUACUUUUGCUACGAGGUGAUGCUAAUCGGCCUGACACGUUAGCGCUACCAGUGUCUGCAGUACUAGCUACAGCGGAAGACACUGCGGGAAGGAGUGUCGAAGCAUUUUUGGUAACGGAAACUCUACUCUUCCAGUCUACUUACAAACGAUAGGCUGUACAAAAAUAGGCGCAAAAUGUGCCCGAAGAUAAAAGCGGUCCCGUGGAACCGACAUUUUGUGCGAUGUGAAAGAAUUUAAUUUACAUUUCCUGUGAACUGAUCGGUGACUAGGCACGGUGGUGGUGAUGGUGGUGGUGCGAGCAGUGAUGUACUCUAUCCUUAACAUAUGGCCCAACAACCGUGCCUAACCAACGAACGGUGUACGGGUUUCGCGAACAAGAAAACACACCCAAAGCAAACGAUGGACCAAAAAUGUUUUCACAAGCCUGGUUAGCACAUUCGUCGCUCUACCACCCUGCUGCACAGUGCCAGUUGGACCAGAUUGUCUGCAGCGCUUGCAACGGAUCAGCAAGCGGGAAUCCGUGCCCUCCUAUCGCGCCGGAGAGUAUGAAACUGUCAAGUGCGUCACCCUCGUUUGCAGCCCGCACGCUCGAGUAGGUGCCGAACGGUGUUGUGCACAGCCCCCCCCCCCCCCCCCCCCCCUCCCUGGCAGCACCUGAUGCCGGGACGCUUCACGCCGUGCACGGAUCAUCGCUGGCAGGAUGUAGCACCGAAGAUGUACGACGUCACCGAUGCUGCCGCGAUCAAUUCCGACCACCAGGAGCUGAUGGCACCGUGGGCCUACAAUGGUGCCGCCGUGACACUGUUCUUCAUCGGGUUUUUCGGAUUUUUCCUCAACAUCUUCGUUAUUGCCCUCAUGUACAAGGACGUGCAGCUAUGGACACCGAUGAACAUCAUCCUAUUCAAUCUGGUCUGUUCCGACUUUUCCGUAUCGAUCAUCGGCAAUCCGCUUACGCUGACGUCCGCCAUCUCCCACCGGUGGCUGUACGGGAAAAGUAUAUGUGUGGCAUACGGAUUCUUCAUGUCCCUGUUAGGAAUCGCUUCAAUUACAACCCUUACCGUGCUUUCGUACGAGCGGUUCUGUUUGAUCAGCCGCCCAUUCGCCGCCCAGAACCGGUCGAAGCAGGGCGCCUGCCUUGCCGUGCUGUUCAUCUGGAGCUACUCGUUUGCCCUCACCUCGCCGCCCCUGUUCGGUUGGGGCGCCUACGUGAACGAGGCGGCGAACAUAAGCUGCUCGGUGAACUGGGAGUCCCAGACGGCGAAUGCAACGAGCUAUAUCAUAUUUCUCUUCAUCUUCGGCUUGAUACUCCCACUGGCAGUCAUUAUUUAUAGCUACAUCAACAUCGUGCUCGAGAUGCGUAAGAACUCGGCACGUGUCGGGCGUGUAAACCGAGCGGAACGGCGUGUCACCUCGAUGGUGGCCGUCAUGAUCGUCGCGUUCAUGGUCGCCUGGACGCCGUACGCGAUCUUCGCGCUGAUCGAACAGUUCGGCCCGCCGGAGCUGAUCGGCCCCGGGUUGGCCGUGCUGCCGGCGCUCGUCGCCAAAUCGAGCAUCUGCUACAACCCGAUCAUCUACGUCGGCAUGAACACGCAGUUCCGGGCCGCGUUCUGGCGGAUCCGGCGCUCGAACGGGGUGGCCGGCCAGCCGGACAGCAACAACACCAACAACAGCAACCGGGACAAGGAGUCGGCCCGCCACACGGCCAAGGAGGGGCUGGAGUGCAGCCUGGACUUUUGCCACUGGACGGUGCGGGGCACCCGGGUAAGCAUAUCGUCGGCCGAGCGGAAUGUGCCCGCACCCGCCGCCCGUGAACGGUCGGGCGGCCACAGUGUGACGGGAUCGAGGGAGGAAUCACGUGACCGGCACGUGACGCUGAAAACGAUGCUGAGCGUGGGGCCACGCUCGCCGUCCAGCGUGGCGCCGGUGGCGGCCGACUGCAGCACGACGGACGUGCCGACCAGCGGCGACGGCAGCGUCCGGAUCGUGCGCCAGGACUCGGAACUAUCUGUGAUCCACGAUGGUGGUGGUGGUGGUGGUGGUAGUAGUAGGGUACUCGUUAUCAAAUCGCAAAAGCCGCGGUCGAAUAUGUUGUAGCGUGUAAGGUAAUCGGUAUGGUUGUUUUUUUUAUUACGUUUGCCCUAUUAAUCGAUCCCGGAUGCAGAGUUUAGGAUUAGUGAACCAUAGCUAGGAUAGGGAUAGUGGUGGGUAAGUAGUGGGAUAUGGUACCAGGUACUACCAACCACCUCCGAACGGUAUGGCCGGUUUUGGAGAAGUCAGGUUUCAGGCGCGGCAUCACGAGUGCUGCCGACGAUAUAGCUGCUGCAGUCCACGCGUUGCAUCGAUCCCGUGUAAAGCCGGGCCGGUGUUUGGAGCACGAUUCUAAAUUGCUCUUCCUUCACUGAAAGCGCGAGCCCCCUUUCAAUGAGCGUCGAGGUAAAUUUAAGCAAUAAGCAUCCACCAACAGCUACGAGCUAGUUAACUUUACGAGCAACUAAUUUACCGCCCCGAAUUCCUGCUGCAGCGUGAGCGCGAUGUUCGCGGAUAGUGUAAUUAAUAAGUAAAGUGAAAAAUUCACCACAAAGCAAAACCCUCCCCCUCAAACUAAGACUGUAAUUUGAAGCAUUAUUUAUAGGAUAGGCAUGGGAAAGGAUGGAAAUUGUAAAACGAUUUGUAAACUAUUUGUCUCGCACGCGUGUACAGGUCAGUACUAAUGCCUAACGUCAAUGUAAAUGCUGUCUCGGUGUUUGUCUGUCUGUCUGUGUGUGCGUAGUUUUCGUUUGCCAUUUUGCUAUGUAUGAUCCGCAUUCUGUCAAUUUAGAGGUAUCUGGAUGUAUCAACAAUAAAACCAAACGAAUUCAGUACAAAGUAACGCUCAAGCA